AUGCUUCGCAAUUUUAAAGUAAAGCCACGCGGUUUUUUGUCGGUGCGUGGAUUAGCCACUACUGCUGAUCCAGCAGCAGCAAAUCCUAAUAGAGUACAUGGCGGGUUGAAAGACCAGGAUCGUAUUUUCCAGAAUAUUUAUGGAAAUUACGGCCAUGAUUUGAAAUCCGCACAAAAAAUGGGAGACUGGUAUAAGACGAAGGAGAUAAUAUUGAAGGGAGAUAAAUGGAUUAUUGACGAAAUGAAAAAAUCCGGUUUAAGAGGAAGAGGCGGUGCAGGGUUUCCCUCGGGUCUCAAAUGGUCUUUUAUGAACCCCCCAGGUUGGGAAAAGAAUCCAGGACCAAGGUAUUUGGUAGUAAAUGCCGAUGAAGGUGAACCAGGUACUUGUAAAGACCGAGAAAUUAUUAGGAAGGAUCCCCACAAGUUGGUUGAAGGUUGUCUAUUAGCAGGAAGAGCAAUGAACGCUACUGCAGCAUAUAUAUAUAUAAGGGGAGAGUUUUACAACGAAACGGUGAUAUUACAAACCGCAAUCAAUGAAGCUUACAAGGCAGGAUUGAUUGGUAAAAAUGCCUGUGGAUCAGGAUACGACUUUGAUAUAUACAUCCACCGUGGUAUGGGAGCGUAUGUGUGUGGUGAAGAAACUGCAUUAAUCGAGUCGAUUGAGGGUAAAGCUGGAAAACCAAGAUUGAAGCCUCCUUUCCCCGCUGGUGUCGGAUUGUUUGGUAGACCCACCACCGUUGCUAAUGUAGAGAGUGUAUCAGUUGCACCUACAAUUUUGAGAAGAGGCGGAGAAUGGUUUGAUGCCUUGGGAAGAGAAAGAAACUCUGGUACAAAGUUAUUUUGUAUAUCAGGACAUGUGAAUGAGCCAUGUACAGUUGAAGAAGAGAUGUCUAUACCUUUGAAGGAAUUAUUAGAGAAACAUUGUGGUGGUAUAAAAGGCGGAUGGGAUAAUUUAUUGGGUGUUGUACCUGGAGGAUCCUCAGUGCCAAUUAUGCCUAAGGAAACAUGUGAUACUGUGUUGAUGGAUUACGAUGCCUUAAGAGAUGUGGGGUCUGGUUUGGGAACUGCUGCCGUUAUUGUGAUGAACAAACAAACAGAUAUAAUCAGAGCUAUUCAACGGUUUUCUCAUUUUUACAAACACGAGUCCUGUGGUCAGUGUACGCCAUGUCGUGAAGGUACAACAUGGUUACAAAGGAUGAUGGACAGAUUUCAGGUUGGUCAAGCUACUGAGCGCGAGAUUGAUAUGAUUUUUGAGUUGAGUAGAGAGAUUGAGGGCCACACGAUUUGUGCUUUGGGAGACGCUGCCGCAUGGCCAGUGCAAGGUUUAAUCAAGUCGUUCAGACCUGUUAUGAUUGAUAGAAUCAAAGAGUUUCAGAAUAAACACGAAAAUCAGGGUAAAAUUGGUUACGGUGGUUGGUUAAGUAAUGGGAAAGUGAAAAACGGUGUAGUUGUAGACAAUCCAAUACCUCAUGGGCAUUAA